AUGAUUAUCCGGUCUUUCGCCGCAACCCAUAGUCCUCGAAUUCUCCCACGAACCCCAUUGUCAGUCCAACGAUGCUACCGUCCAUUCUCCGCUUCAACAUGGACUUUCCACCCAGACGUAUUCCACUCCCAGCGGGAGGACCCUUCCACUGCCGCCAUUCUCUCCUCUCUUGAAUCCGCGACCGCCCCAGAACCACAGACCCUCGUCGAGAAAAUCGUCCAAAAGUAUUCCGUCGGCCUAGCGCCAGGCAAAAAGGUGCGGUCUGGCGACUAUGUCACCAUCUCGCCUUACAAAUGCAUGACCCAUGACAAUUCAUGGCCCGUGGCCCUCAAAUUCAUGUCCAUCGGUGCCUCCAAGCUUCAGGAUCGCAAGCAGAUCGUCAUGACUCUCGACCAUGAUGUACAGAAUAAGUCGGAGAAGAAUUUGCUCAAGUAUCAGCAGAUUGAACAGUUUGCAAAGACUCAUGGUGUGGAUUUUUAUCCUGCAGGGCGCGGCAUUGGUCAUCAGAUCAUGGUUGAAGAAGGGUAUGCUUGGCCUGGCACCCUGGUGGUAGCGUCUGAUAGCCACUCCAACAUGUACGGAGGCGUGGGAUGUCUCGGUACCCCUGUGGUGCGGACAGAUGCGGCAAGUAUCUGGGCUACGGGGAAGACUUGGUGGCAGAUCCCUCCAGUCGCGAAAGUUAACUUUACUGGUGUUUUACCCAAGGGUGUUACGGGUAAAGAUGUGAUUGUUGCUCUAUGUGGCCUGUUCGACAAGGACGAUGUCCUUAAUCACGCCAUUGAAUUCACGGGAUCGGAGGAAACCAUGAGAAGUUUAGCGAUCGAUGAUAGACUCACAAUUGCCAAUAUGACUACUGAGUGGGGUGCUCUUGCUGGCAUCUUCCCUGUCGACAACAUUUUGAAAGGUUGGCUGAGAUCCAAAGCAACAGCCGCAGCUAUGUGGGUCUCAUCUGUGAACGGCCUUCCAAGCUCGGCAAAUACACGCUUCACACAUUCUCAACUGGAUAAGGUGUUAGAGCGACCGCUGGCUGCGGACAAGGGUGCCAAGUACUCCAAAGAACUCUCUCUAGACCUCUCUACACUGGCUCCCUACGUCUCCGGCCCCAAUUCAGUCAAAGUUGCUACUCCAUUAGACAAGCUAGAAGCACAAGAUAUCAAAGUUAACAAAGCGUAUCUUGUCUCUUGCACGAACUCCAGAGCGUCUGACCUGGCCGCUGCUGCGAAGGUCUUUAGGCAGGCGGCGGAGAAAAAUGACGGAAAAAUUCCAAAGCUAGCAGAUGGCGUCAAAUUUUACAUUGCUGCCGCCUCUAUCCCUGAACAGAACGCUGCAGAGGAGGCUGGAGACUGGCAAGUCCUUGUUGAAGCAGGGGCUCAACCACUCCCGGCCGGUUGCGGACCUUGCAUCGGCCUAGGCACUGGUCUCCUGGAGCCAGGCGAAGUAGGCAUCAGCGCCACAAAUCGCAACUUCAAGGGCCGCAUGGGCAGUACGGAAGCAAAGGCCUACCUUGCUAGUCCCGAAGUCGUCGCCGCCAGCGCGCUGCGCGGCACAAUUAGCGGGCCGGGAUGGUACGAAAAGCCAGAGGGUUGGGCUGGCGUUAGUCGCGGAGAGGGAGUUGGCAUCAAGGAAGAGGAUAGGAUGCUUACCGCUGAAGAAGCCAUUGCUAACGUCAUCGGCCAGCUUGAUAACAUGGUCGAAGAUGCGGAGAAGAUCUACGGCAACGAAGCCAUAUCAUCAACCUCAACAUCUCAACCCUCCCAGCAAUCAAAACAACAAGAAGAACCAGGAACUGACUCCAGCGCUCUCACUGAGCUCUUCCCAGGCUUCCCUGAAUGCGUCUCUGGCGAAAUCAUCUUCUGCGACGCCGACAACAUAAACACCGACGGCAUCUACCCCGGCAAAUACACCUACCAAGACAACAUCUCCACCGACCAAAUGGCCCAAGUCUGCAUGUCCAACUACGACGCCGCCUUCUCCCAACUCACCCGCGCCGGCGACAUCCUCGUCACAGGCUACAACUUCGGCUGCGGCAGCUCGCGCGAACAGGCCGCCACCGCCAUCCUGGCCAAGCGCAUCCCGCUCGUCGUUGCGGGGAGCUUUGGCAAUAUUUUCUCGCGCAAUAGUAUCAACAAUGCGCUGAUGGGGUUGGAGGUACCGAGGCUGAUUCAGCGGUUGAGGGAGUCGUUUAGCAGUACCGGAGCUGGCAAAAAGGCGCUCACACGAAGAACCGGGUGGACGUUGACGUGGGAUGUAAGGAGGAGUCGGAUUGAAGUGCAGGAGGGUGAGGGCGGGGAAAAAUGGACUCACAAGGUUGGCGAGUUGCCGCCAAAUGUGCAGGAGAUUAUUGCGCGGGGUGGGUUGGAGAAGUGGGUUAAGAAUGCGAUUGCGGAGUCAUAG